AUGGGUCCGAAAUGGAUAUGCUUCGUUGUCUGCGCGUUACUGAGUCUGUGCGAUUCUGCAUAUGUGGAUACAAUCAAUAAAUGUUCUUUCAAGGAUGAUGAAUGCUUUACAAAAACAGUACAAAAAAUCCUAAUAGAUGUUGGCACAAAUGGUAUCAAAGAAUUAAAUAUGCCAGCGGUUGAUCGUUUGGACCUCACAGGUCUAUCAGUAUCAAUAUUCGGAAUGUUUAAUAUAAAUGUGAUAGAGGGUUAUAUAACGGGAGUGAAAGAUUGUGUGAUUAAUCAUGCCCACAACGAUUUUGAUGCACGAGAGACACAAUUGGACCUUGUUUGUGAUGUUACAAUCAAUUCAAAGAAUAAAUUUGACAACCUUAGCCCUGCAGCUCAGAAAUUGUUUGGCGCUGAAGACGUCAGUGGAAUUGGAUCAUUUGUACUGAAAAUUAGUGAAUUCGUCGAGAAAUUAGUUAAUGAAAAUUGGAAAUCCCUUCUGCCAACGUUCGGAAACAGUAUAUUCGACGUUGCGUUAUCUAUAGUAAAAGAAGUUUUAGGGAAAUUCUAUGAUAAUGUUCCUGCCAAAUACUAUUUUAUCGAGGACCUAACUUCUUAUUUGUAA